ACCACACCUCCAGUCCUCCACUGACAAGCCGCCGCCGCUCUUCCACCUACCUCUCCCCGGCCUCGCACCCAUGGCCACGGCUUUGAUGGUUGCAGCCACCACCUCCUGCUCCCCGGGCCGCGCCGCGCCGCGCCUGAAGCCGGUGGCCUCCUCCUCCUCCAGCAGCAGCAGCAGCUCGGCGCGGCCGCGGCGGCCCUUGGCGCAGCAGCUCCCGCGGCUGCUGGCAACGGCGGCGGCGGCGGCGGCGGUGGCAGCUGCGCCGCUCCCGGCGCUGGCGGAGCAGAUGGAGAAGGCCGCACUGUUUGACUUCAACCUGACGCUCCCGGCGAUCGCGACCGAGUUCCUGCUGCUCAUGGUGGCGCUGGACAAGCUCUACUUCACGCCGCUAGGCAAGUUCAUGGAUGAGCGGGACGCCAAGAUCCGCGGUGAGCUCGGCGAUGUCAAGGGCGCCUCCGAGGAGGUGAAGCAGCUGGAGGACCAGGCGGCGGCCAUCAUGAAGGCGGCGCGCGCCGAGAUCGCGGCGGCGCUUAACAAGAUGAAGAAGGAGACCACCGCGGAGCUGGAGGCCAAGCUGGACGAGGGGCGCAGCCGUGUGGAGGCCGAGCUCGUAGAGGCGCUCGCCAACCUCGAGGCGCAGAAGGAGGAGGCUGUUAAGGCGCUCGACGCCCAGAUCGCCUCGCUCAGUGAUGAGAUCGUCAAGAAGGUGCUCCCAUCCGCGUGAUGAAACCAAACCGGCCCUGCCUUAUCCUACGACUAUAGUUACAUGAACAUCAUAAAUUAAUGAUAAUUUUGAAGAAAUUGGCCGAUGACUCCGACACUGUACUCAUGAAAGAUUAUUGGAUGGGUUGUGUCCACCGCCUGUGUUGGGUGUGGAUUGUUGUAGACUCGCAGUGAUCUUUCUCGAUAAGCUUGUACAGUUCAGUACAUACAGACACACAUUGAAACCAUAUAGAUACAGGAUACAUUUUGCCCUA